GCUUCACAUAAACACGGCCUUAUCAUCGUUUAGACUAGAAAGUCCCCAAAACAGGGGCCACUAAAUCUUUUCAGCUUGAUCAAAAUCGCAGAAACCCUACUGCGAGAUCUAAAACCCUCGUAUCAAAAAACAAAAAGCUGUUCAAAUAUUACAGCCAUACCAGUUGACCUGCGUUCGAAUCCCAGCUAUGGCGUACGAGAGCUACAGCCGGGAGUAUGACGACGCUUUGGACGACGGCAUAGACGUCCAGCAGCAGCAGCAAGAGCCUAACUAUGACCCGUCCUUCGUGCCGGACGCCGUGAAAACAUUUGUGGUGUUCCUCUACCGCCACAUUCGCGAGAAGAAUGUCUACGAGAUCCACCAGAUGUACGAAGGAAGCUUCCAGAAGCUCAGCGAGCGCAUGUUCAAGGAGUCCCCCUGGCCUUCCGUCGAAGCCAUUGCGCCCUACGUUGACAACGAUCAUGUCUUCUGCUUGCUCUACAGGGAGAUGUGGUACAGACAUCUCUAUGCCCGCCUCCAGCCCACUCUCAAGCAGCGCUUCGAGUCCUGGGACAACUAUUGCAGCCUCUUCCAGGUUAUUUUGCACGGGGUUGUUAAUAUGCAGCUGCCGAACCAGUGGUUGUGGGAUAUGAUUGAUGAGUUUAUUUAUCAGUUUCAGUCGUUUUGCCAGUAUAGGGCGAAGCUCAGGACCAAGACGGAUCAGGAGCUUAGUCUGCUGAGACAGUAUGAUGAGGUAUGGAAUGUAUAUGGUGUGCUGAAUUAUUUGCAAGCUCUUGUUGAGAAGUCUAUGAUCAUCCAGAUUUUAGAGGAAGAGAAAGAUGGCAAUUUAACUUUCACGGCAACUGAUGGGUAUGAUUACAAUGGUGGAAGCAAUGUUCUGAAGGUGUUGGGUUACUUUAGUAUUGUGGGUCUACUUCGUGUGCAUUGCUUGCUUGGAGACUAUUAUAGUGGACUCAAGUGCUUGGCACCGAUAGAUGUUAACCAGCCAGGUGUCUACAAUUCAGUAAUUGGAAGCCACAUCACAACAAUUUACUAUUAUGGUUUUGCAAAUCUUAUGUUGAGAAGGUACGUUGAAGCAAUAAAGGCAUUCAAUCAGGUUCUAUUGUAUAUAAUUAAGACUAAACAAUUCCAUCAGAAAUCUCCACAGUUUGAUCAAAUUUUGAAAAAAAAUGAGCAAAUGUAUGCUCUGUUGGCUAUAUGUCUCUCUCUCUGUCCACAAGUGAAGCUUGUUGAAGAAAAUGUAAACAAUCAGCUGAGGGAGAAGUAUGGAGAGAAGAUGAUUAGGAUGCAAAGAAGUGAUGAAGCCAUGUAUGAUGAACUUUUCUCAUAUGCCUGUCCUAAGUUUAUUACUCCAGCAGCACCAAGUUAUGAUGAACCUCUCGUAAAUUACAACCAGGAUGCUUAUAGGCUUCAGUUAAAACUCUUUCUAUCAGAAGUAAGACAACAGCAGCUUUUGUCAGGUGUACGCAGUUUCAUAAAGCUGUAUACUUCCAUCUCGAUUGAGAAACUUGCAAAUUUUAUGGAUGUUGAUGAAUCUACUCUGAGGACAACAUUAAUGACAUAUAAACAUAAAACUCAUGCCAUUGAUCAUGAUGGCAAAGUCAUAUCAAAUGCAGAUGUUGACUUCUAUAUUGACGAGGAUGUUGUCCACAUUAUUGAGUCGAAAACAACGAAGCGUUAUGCUGAUCAUUUCAUGCGUCACAUCAUUAAGUUUGAAGAAAUUAUCAGUGAUUUGGACAGAGUGAAGCUUGAAUGAUAUGGUUGCCACUUAUGUAUUAUUAAAUUUGAGGCAUAAUGGGGCCAAACGUCAAACUCGAGGAGGCAGUUUUGAAUUUUGGGAAGAGUUUAGAGUAAAUUUUAAAAUGGCAAAAGAUUUUCAACUCGUCCUAGUGGGCCAGUGAGACACAUGGAUUUGUGAUUGGGCAAAGUUUUUUUUUCUCAAAAUCAUAAAAUAACAAAGUCAAUUUUCUUCUA